AUGCAUACGCUUACAUCCACUUACAAGUUCGACUGCUGGAUUAUCUGUUAUCAGAGGGUGUUGAUGGAAAUUCUUCUCAUUUCAACUGCAAUUUCAAAAAAUUUGGCAAACGAGCCAAACGUGUUCUUCGUAACUGAUGAUGCCCCUGCUGGUCAUCGUCUGGGCCGCCUCACACAUCCGGACGCAUACCAGAAUGGUGCCAUCGAUGGUGCAUCAUUCCAGGCUGUGCUUGUACGCGCCAACCGACCCCCGGCGGUAUUUUUCAAGUUGGAUGAGCAUAAGGGUGACCUUUUCACCAAAGUCCCGAUGGAUCGUGAAAUGCUGUGCUCACAUUUAACACAACUCAAUACAAACGAAGGCAGUUUUGGCAACCAGGACCAGGUGGGUGCCAUGGUUAAGUCACCAAAUUGGAACAAAUUGGGUCCGGUUGUUGGCUCAACUGCAAUGCUUGGAAGCUCAUCGCAGGAGUGCGAGUUAAAGUUCCAGGUGGCGUUGCAUCGAAAAGCGUCUGCCUCUCUCCCUGGUUUACCGGAAUUUCUAGAUGUCCGUGUUGUAAUUAUGGAUAGAAAUGAUCACGUACCAACAUUCCAUCCACAUAAGUUCAUAAAUUUGUCUAUUCCGGAAUCAGCACAAAUUGGUACACGAAUUCGACUUCCUCUGGCAAUGGACCCUGAUUCCCCUGAAUUUGCCAUCAAGCAGUAUAAGCUAUUUCCAACUGAUCAGAAAGAGUGGGUACUAUACCAGCAAACCAACGAUGUGCUAUACCAAGGGCAACUUCAUCACGAAAUCGCUGCCUUAUUUCUUGAACUGAGGUGUGCACUCGAUCGCGAAAAAAAAAACUUGUUUGUUUUUGAAAUCAAAGCAUACGAUUCGUUCGCUGAAACCACAUCAAGCUAUGAUGACCGGAACACUUUAAAGGUACACGUCCUUGUGGAGGACAUAAACGAUAAUGGUCCUGUAUUCAGACCACAAUCAACCAAACAUCCUUCAGCUCCAGAUAAAUUGGACAUAUCACAUUUGGUGACUUAUCGAGCUGAUAUCAUUGAGACUUCUUGGCCGAAGACCCCCAUACUAAAGCUGGAAGCAACAGACAGGGACACCAUGAACUUUGCAAUUAUUCGUUACGAGUUUGCCCCACAAACUGAUCAACUUGUCCGGCGAUACUUCAAACUAAACGAGCACUCUGGGGAGUUAUACCUUCGACAGCCUCUGGAUUAUGAAACGAAAUCCAAAUUUACGUUCCAAGUUCUUGCCAUUGAUACUGAACACGAGCGUAGAAUGAAACUUGAUGGCAUAGGAAUGGGGGCUCACAGUGUUGGAGGUCAGGCCGAUAUAUACACAUCCACGGCGUACGUGAUAGUCAAUGUAGAGGAUAUUAACGAUGAGGCUCCUGUGAUCGAACUGGAUUAUUUGAGACUGGAAGAAUCCACUGGAAGACCAGGCACUUUUGCUAUGGUUCAGGAGAAUUCAGACCCUCCGCAGUUUGUGGCUGAUUUGUUUGUCACAGACAGGGAUGUUAAUCCGAUGAAUAAUCACGUAGUUUGCAACUUGAACUCGCCUGGCGAUUCACCCUCACCCAUAUCAAACAGGCUUAGGAAUAACGGCACUUACAUUCUCACACCUGAAAGUUAUUUUCAGUUAUCCGAGGUCCGUCGGCAAACUGGACAAGUGCAAUAUAAUCUGCUGACUUUGCGACCACUAGACCGUGAAGAAGAGCAAACGGGUGGUUCCGUUCGCCGUAUACAUAUCGUUUGUGUUGACUCAGGGACACCCUCCAAAACAAGCCAUGUGACAGCCAACGUUCACGUAAUGGACGUGAAUGAUAACAGUCCGAAAAUUUACGGGAUUAAGAGUCACACGUCACAUUCCAAAGGGUCCAGUACAAUCAAGCUAUAUGAGAACAGUGCAGUUGGCACUCUGGUGGCAAGAAUAAACGUUAGUGAUUUAGACUCGGGUCAAAACGGUAUUGUUACCUGUAAGCUUGUUCACCCUCUGGAGCGUAAUUCUACACAGCCGAGCUAUGCAGACUACUUCCAUGUCGAGCCAACCACUUGUGAUCUUGUCACACGAAAAGUGAUAGACAGGGAGUCAGUUGAACCAUAUAUCGAGAGAGUUGUACUAACAAUCUUAGCAGAGGACCAAGGCAUUCCACCGAAAAGCACAGAAACUAAGUUAGAAAUCGUGAUCCUGGAUGAGAACGACAAUCCUCCGAUUCUUCAACAAAGCUACUACCGCUUGAGCGUCAAAGAGAAUUUACCCGCUGGAACAUGCAUUGGUCAACUGGUUGUACACGAUUUAGAUGGCGCCCUUGACCACCUGUCAGCACGUUUCCAGAAGCAUGACGACUUACCAUUUCAGUUGUGGAACAGCAAGCGUAGCCAGCAGCCGCCGGACUACGGAGGAGAAGUCGGGGCUUCCGUUGUCUAUUAUCUGAACACAACGAGACCACUAGACAGAGAGGCUAGAGAAUCAUACGAGUUCAAUGUUCUAGUGAUUGAUGGUUUGGAACAUUCGGCAGCUUUCAGGAAUGAAUUGAACUACCACCGCGUGCACACGACCACGGCCACGGUCUUUGUCUUGGUGGAAGACGAGAAUGACAAUGAUCCGAACAUUAUCUUUCCGCAACAAGAAAACAAAACUUUCUACCUGUCGAACGUCGAACGUCAGCAUUAUCAGCUGAUGACAGUCAAUGUCAACGACAAGGACUCGAAUGCCGGACAGUUUCUGUUCAGUUUGGUAGACGAAACUGUUUAUGGUCUAAAUCAAUCCGUUAGGAAAAAAGAUAGAGAUCCAAAGAUUCAGAAUCGUCAUACUCCCUUCCUGGAUGUCGAUCAGCGAUUAGGUACAGUUUACCUUACACGGGACGUAAUGGAGACAGACACAGGCUUAUAUGCGUACAAAGUGACCGUCGAAGAUGACGGCAGUCCUCCAAGGUCAACGUCUUUGAGGUUCUUCGUGCGAGUUGAGCCCACCCCACCACGAUCUCAUCAUCUACACAGUUUGUCUACUUCUGACAGGGAAAUGCAAAUGGUUUCAAAUAACAUUGAGCGAUUUUCGGGUGCACACACUAGAAUAGACCUGAGUAACGCCGAGGACUUUACAAGCAACAAAAUAUCUGAACAAAAACGAUCUAAACUACUCGCUGGUUUUCCCCGAUUUACUGGCGAUGCUGUGCUCAUUCUUUCCUUAGGCCUAAUACUGUUAUUACUUCUGGCCACAUUGUGUCUCAUUGUUUACGCACGACAUUGGAAUGCACCACGAUUUACCAGGACACAAGCAGAACAAGAGGCACCACAAACCCUUGCAUGGUUUUGUACACAUUUAUGCGACAGGGAUAGUAGCACUGGUGGGAAUAUCAGUAAAGAUUUCACCAGUGGUAAACCCGACCCCAACCUCAAACCUUCCACGUCAUCAUCCCAAAUGUGUGGAUUAAAUCUCCCUGUUCAACACUUUUAUGCGCCAGACAAUGUAGGAACCCCUCAGUCACACGACACUACCACGGACAUUUUAGAUGAUUCCACACUACAACGGAUUUACACGGGUGACCGUAUUUACUAUCAGGAAUGUCGACCACUGACACUGAUUCCUGUGAGAUCCACAUCAGGAAUCGAUUCCAAUCCUGACGGUUACACAACGUUACAAACCAACACACGAUACCAAACAUGUACACUGCCCGACAGACACAGGAGUCCUUCUUCAGCGGAUGAACGAAUUCCCGAGGUGGACACGGAUUUACAUUCCUUCAGUGACCCAUUAAACUCCAAUCCAAACCACUAUACACCUCUAGUGAAGCGUAAACAAUCUCCGUAUAGGGACUCUGUGAUGUCUAGUCAGCCACUCAGAAAAAAAGUCAUGAUCAGCUCAAUUCCCUGCUGUGAAACAGACUGUACAAAUGAAGAACAUCAAGGCAAGCUGUUACAAAUGCACACUUGA